GAUAGUACUUGCGCAGUGGUGAGUCUGUGACAUUACCACCAGCGUAUUCUCCUUAUAUCAAUGAUCACAGCUCUUGGUAUUGAUCUCGGAACGUCAAGUUGUUGUGUUGGGGUGUGGAACAAUGAUCAUGUCGAGAUCAUAGCGAACGAACACGGGAAUCGUACUACCCCAUGUUAUGUGUCCAUGGUUGCCAGUAAGUGCUUGAUCGGAGAACAAGCAAAAAGCCGAGUACCUUCUCACCCCUCCAACACUAUCUUCAAUGUCAAGCGGUUCAUCGGCAGGAAAUUUAACGACCUUGAGGUUCAAUCAGUCAUGAAAUACUACCCGUACGAUCUAAUCAACAAGGAAGGACGGCCAUACAUCAGCGUUGAUCUUCAUCAAGGACAACAAGAUUUCUCUGCAGAAGAAAUAUCAUCAAUGAUCCUGACCAAAAUGAAGGGUCUAGGAGAAUCGCACCUGGGCGCACCAUGUACAAAUGCUGUCAUUAAUGUUCCGGCUUACUUUACCGAUGCGCAACGGCGAGCUACCCUGAACGCAGCGAGACGGGCGGGCCUCGGGGUUUUGCGAUUGCUUAACGACUCCACUGCUGUGGCAAUCGCCCAUACACUCGCCAAUGAUAGCAAAGAAGAUAUUUACAAAAUCCUUGUUGUUGACCUUGGAGCAGGCGCACUGGACGUAACGUUAUUCGACAUCGACGAGAGAAUCUCCGAGGUGAAAACGGUGGCAGGAGAUUGUCACUUGGGCGGUGAAGACUUCGACGACCGUCUUGUCUUCCAUUUCGUCCAAGAAUUUAGGAGUCAGCACAACAAAGACAUAUCUUCUGACCCUCGGGCUCUUUGGCGGCUACGUGCGGAAUGCGAGUGUGCCAAACGCGCACUAAGCUCCGCUACCCGAGCUGACAUUGCGGUUGAACGCCUUCAUGACGGAAUCGAUUUCUAUUCGUCAAUCACACGCGUUCAGUUCGAGGCCCUGUGCAGCGAUCUUUUCCAGAGAAUGCUUGAUCAGAUUCAGAAGGCGCUUCGAAAUAUGGGCGAGGAUUCGACGCCUGUGGCAGAAAUCGUCUUGGUCGGUGGAUCGACUCGCAUUCCCCGCAUCCAAACUAUGAUAUCUGAGAUAUUUGGUGGCAAACUGCCUAUCAAAAGCCUUAAUCCUGAGGCUGUUGCAACUGGGGCUGCAGUCAUGGCUGCCAUACUUAGUGGAGAUCUAUCACCAAGACUCGACGGAGUUUUAGCGCUAGAUGUCGCGUCGUUGUCUCUGGGUAUCCAAACGGCUGGCGGAGUCAUGACGCGUUUCAUUAACAGCUCUGUCACAAUUCCUACCCUGAAGUCGCAGACAAUCACGACUUACGCCGAUAACCAGUCGACUCUUAUCUUCCGAGUAUUUGAAGGAGAUAAAGAGCAGGCCAAAGACAACAAUCUCCUUGGAAUUUUCGAGCUUUCCGAAAUCCCACCUGCUCCCCGCGGCGUUCCUCAGAUUCGGGUCACAUUUGAUAUUGAUGCAAACAACAUCCUCAGUGUCAUUGCCCACGAUCAGAACACAGGAAGGACGGAAGCGGUGACCGUUAGCGAGCGUCUUGAAUCGUCUCGUAAUCCCGACGACAUCAAGUCAAAUUAUUCCUACCAACCGUACAUGGCUGAAGAUGCACUCACUGGAGCGAAAAAAACACUCGAGUGGUAUACAUCAAAUGUUCGCUCACUGAUCUCCGAAGACAAGCUUCCUGGGACUCUGAAAGCUUCUGAAAAAGCAAGUCUGGAGUUCGUUGUCAAACAAGCGGAAGAGCUUUUGAGUAUCACUAAUACGGAGGAUGUUGAGCAGUAUACGAAGAUGCAGCGGAUCUUGGAGACGACUUCUUUGUCCAUCUUGCGCAAGCAUGGUAGCACCCCGAAUUGAGAUUAUUGGUUUGUCACAGACCGAUUACCUGAAUGCCUAUGACAUGACCACAAGCUUCGGACUGCCGGACACCAGAGCGUGGUGACAGCAUCGAUGAUUGUUAUGUCAACAAGCCUACAGUAGUAGAUGUUAAUUCGGACCGCAUCCAGAAUGUGUCCCCACAUUACUGCCUAUUCACUGGUCGUAUCACAGGAGCAGUAUGUAU